GCGCUCCUCUGCUCCACGCGCCACCCGCCACCGCUCCGCCCACCGCCCGCCGUCGCUCCGUCAACAGCCCACCACCCGUCACCCCCUCUGUGCUGCCGCCGCUCGCCUUCUUGUAGUAUAGAGGGGAGAGAGAGGAGGAAGGCUGACAGGUGGGACCAAAUAGGCCACACCUUUUUUAAUUAUUUUUUUUAGCUGACAUAUGGGUCCCAUGAUUUUUACUAUUUUUUCGGAUAAAAUUGUCACGAAAGCGCCACGUCAAUGCCACGUAAUCGCCACGUCAGUGCCACGUGGGUCGAAGACCUAGUCAAAGGAGCCACGUAGGCGCCACGUCGGCCAAAACCGCCCUCCAUACUGCCGAGGGACAUUGUUUGCCCGGUUUUCGUAAGUUGGGGGACGAGUCAUACCCGGUUUUGCGGUCAAGGGACGAAAAUCAAACUGACCGACAAAUAGAGGGACCUAAAGUGAACUUAUUCCUUUUUAUAACUAGCAUGUGGGCCCAUAGUUUUUAUUAUUUUCCACUUCAAAUUACAACGUAAGCAUCAAGUCAACACCACGUGGGACAAAAACUAGUCAAAUGAGCUACGUAGGUGCCACAUCAGCUAAAACUGGAGACAAUACUGCCGAGGGACCUUGUUUGCACCGGUUUUAUAAACUGGGGGACAUGUUAUCUGGUUUUUCAGUUAAGGGCGAAUAUUACUGGGCGACAAAUUAAGGGACCCAACAUGAACUUAUUCUCUUUUGUUGCAAGUUUGUGAAUUCUUGGGUCAUACUGGGCCGUCCUGUCUGCAUGGGCUGCAAGUAGAUAGCCCAGGUCGACUUCUUUUCUGCUUUUGACUGUUCCGAAUAUAAAAAUAAAUUAUAGUAAAAAAAAAGAAAGAAAAAACUCCAAGCAGGAAUCAAUUCCACGAGAUCAAGAAGAAGAGGAAGAAGUCGCUUCGCGGGCGAUGGCGAGCAGCUCGUCGCCGCCGCCGCCGCCGCAGAUUCGUUGCGCCUCCUUCAAUCAGGACAACAGCUUGUUUUAUGUCGGGACGAAGGAUGGAUUCAGGAUUUUCGAUGCCCAUACAGGGAAGCUCCACUACCAGAAGAAUAUUGGUGGAAUCGGCAAUAUGGAAAUGUACUUUCGGACAAACAUUCUUGCUAUAGUCGGAACUGGUGAACAGCCUGUACUAUCUCCUCGCUGCCUUCGCCUUAUCGACACCGUAGCAGCUGUCACAAAGAAAGAUCUGAACUUUAAGACUUCAGUUUUGGCUGUUCGAUUAAGUAGAACGAGGCUUGUUGUUGUAUUGCAGGACAGGACCUUUAUUUAUGAUGUAAACAGCACUACUAUAUUGGAAGAAAUUGAAACAGUUCCCAAUACAAAAGGUCUUUGUGCAUUCGCUCCUAAUUCAGAAGCAUGUUAUUUGGCCAUCCCAGCAAGCACAUCCAAAGGAUCUGCUUUAGUUUAUAAGGCAUCAGAACCUGAAUUAAUAUGCCAGAUAGAUGCUCACGAGUCUCCCUUAGCUGCAAUGGCAUUUUCUUCUAAUGGCACGUACCUGGCAACAGCUUCUGGGAAGGGUACUAUUAUUAGAGUAUUUCUCGUUGCACAAGCAACCAAGUCACACAGUUUUCGGCGGGGAACAUACCCAUCAACAAUAUAUUCACUCUCAUUCGGACCAUCGGAUGAUCUGCCCGAUGUUCUUGUUGCCACAAGUUCAUCAGGCUCGUUGCACAUGUUUUUCCUCGAUGCUGCCAGAAAUCGAAGGAACCAAACGAGCAAAUUGCUUGGUUCAAUGAUUCCUGGAGCAAUAACUCGUGCUUUGGAUCCAGCAAACCAUCACAUUAUUCACAACGUCAUCCCUGCAGGAAUCAAGAGCUGUGUAGCCGUACAUAAGGUCGAAAAUUCACAAAAUUCUUCUAAACUUCCUGCUUUAAGGACUGUUGUCUAUAUCAUAACUCAUGAUGGAUACUUCCGCGAGUACUCGAUCAACACCACAAAGUCAAAUGAAUCUUCCUGGGUUUUGCAACGCGAGCUCAAUCUACUGGAUACCGGUUGUAGCACUCCCCAGCGGGAGGAACAACACAAGGACUGACUAGCAGACUAGUUGGCUCACCAAUGACAGAAGCUUCAGCUGUGUGUACAUACAAUUUGUAAGAUAGUGUGCUGGUAGGGCUGGUCUGUGGUUUGGGCUGAGAUUCUAACUCCAAUUGGACAAGUGUAUCAUAGAUGUGCCCACCAAUGGUGAGGGAUGAUUCAUCCUUCUUGUGGAUGUAAAUUAUAGAUAGUAACUGCCAAUAUGGCAAUAUAAUUACACUACAAGUAUAUGUAACUGCUUUGCUACACGACUGACAGACUUUGCCCUGAGUGGUUACAAUGAAAUGAACCAGCAUACUGCCAUACUGACAGAA